UGCUGCCCGACGCAUGCAAUUCGCUCUACUCACGCAUCGAAACCGACCCGAAACUACCUCGAUUGUCCACGAGAAACCCUCGGAGGUUGCAUGCGAUGGCAGGAUGGACUCGUUUGUAUGGCAGCGAGGAAAACUCAUCGGCCGCGGUCGCUUUGGCAAGGUGUACGUCGGUAUCUUGCUCUCCACGGCCACGAUGAUGGCGGUCAAGCAAGUGCGAGUUCGCGACGAACGCGGGCUCGACGAGAUCGAAGGCACGUUUGUUCCCGAGGAAGAGGAAUCCAUCGAGAACAUCCUGGGUGAAGUGCGCAUCGGGCAGUCUUUGUACCAUCCGCACGUCGUCGAGUACUACGGCGCUGGUACUCCGCCGCUGCCGCUUCCCCGAUUGACUCGGUUUUGUUCAGAACAAGAAGGCAACAUCUUCAGCAUCUUCAUGGAAUACCUUCCUCUUGGGUCGAUCAGCGGCUUGCUCAAAGCAUGCGGUCCCCUCGACGAGUCGAUCGUGCGUGCGUAUACGUACCAGCUCCUGCAAGGGCUCGUUUACCUUCACAGCCGCGGAAUUGCCCAUCGCGAUCUCAAAUGCGCCAACUUGCUGCUGUCCGACGCGGGGUGCCUCAAAAUUGCCGACUUUGGCGCUGCCACGGACGCCCUCUGCGGAGGGUUCGUUGAUGAGGGCAUCCACCAUCGGUCGUCGCAAGAUGGCGUCGGGUCUCCGUUUUGGAUGGCGCCAGAGAGUGUCAAAGCCAACGGAAGCGGCAGCAGCGGGUGGACCAAGUCGGAUGUGUGGAGUGUGGGGUGCUGUGUCAUCGAGAUGGCGACGGGCACGCCCCCUUGGAGCAACUUUUCCAACCCGUUGACCGCCAUGUUUCACAUUGCGUCGGAGACGGCCAUGCCGACGAUCCCGGCGCAUCUGUCUGACGCUGCGCACGCGUUUUUGGCGUUGUGCUUUGUCAAGGACCCGGCAUUGCGCCCGACGGCACUCGACUUGCUCAGCCACGCGUUCGUAGCGACCGUGCCGCCCUUUGGCCCAACGUACUUGUGGUUCAACAGCACAACCAAACCGCUGGACGGCGGGUGGUGGUGGUUCGACCAUGGAGCGCUCGUGUGGACGUACUCAGUGCGCGUCCUUGGCGGGGUUUGGUUCACGACCGAGGCAUCGGACGGCAAUUGGGACUGGCGACCCGAUGUACCUGAUGCCGUCGUUGAAAUUGCUCGCAUGUGGCUGCAUCGCGUGCGCUCCAGCUCGGUCGAGACUCGUCGAGACGAGCAACGACCUGAACGCGUCGCACGAGAACUCUUCUUAAACCAGUCCGAACCUGCUUCGACCGACGCGUUGAGGACGGUCCGCGUCGUCGCCGACUACGUCGCUGCAGACGCCACGGAGCUCACCUUGACGAUGAACGACGUGCUCGUAGUCGACAAAGUCGAUGAAACCGGGUGGUGGUUUGGAACUGCCGUGGACGGGCGCGCCGGAUGGUUCCCGUGCACCUACGUUGAAUGGGUGCGAGCCCCCGACAACGUCUUGGGUCUUGUUCGCGCGCUGGGGACGUACGAACCGACGUCAGAGGGAGAGCUGCACCUACAAGACCACGAUCUUGUCCAAGUGCUCGAAACGCCGAGCGACGGAUGGUGGCGAGGCCACGUCGUCCAUCCCGCUCUGUCGUGUACGGAAGGCUGGUUUCCGUGCACGUAUGUCGAGUGGCUGCCGUUGGUCGAAGUCACGUGGAUGCACUCGAACGAGUGGGAAUUGCACGUCGAGCCAGGGGAUGUGAUUGGAAUCUUGAACCACGACGAAAAUGGAUGGACCGAGGGCUUUGUUGUCCAUCGGGCACUCCACAGCGUGCAGAGCGGCGCCGCGCACGGCUGGUUUCCCACCACCCGCCUAAACCCGAGCAUCGACGACGGGGGUUGCGAUACAAAGAGUCAAGACAGCCACGGCGAGUCGGACGAAGAAUACGUGUUGGAGUACCAAGACGGCAGUGCCCUCGACAUUUGACACGUCGUUCGAACUAGUGCAACUCAUCUUGGGCCACGGCACACAACUUGGCGACGACGUCGUCUCGACUUGAUCCGAUCGUGUCGACGGUUGUGUUUGUGUAGUGGGUCGUUGUGACGUACUGCCUCGACGGUUCGAAUUGCACGAGGCCCAACAUCACUACGCAGCCACGCGCGUCAUCCUCGACCAACUUGUGUCGCCAAGAACGUACCUUGGCGCGCCAGCCAUGCAUCGGUGGCGGCGUAUUCGAGUUGGUCCGUCGUCAAGUGUGGCGCUUCCCAGUUGGACGUCUGCAUGGCCUUGGAGAUCUGGAUAUUGUGCCAGAUCAUCCCGAGCGCGCGGAGGUUGGGCUUGAGGCAUCCGAUCUUGGUCGCCACGGGGAGCGUGUCGACCGUGUUGACUAUAUGCGAUGCCAUGCGGCAGUCGCGCAACGAUUUGAAGUCGAGGGCACAGCCAUGGCCGACCUUGAUCGUGUCCUUGUUGGCCAGGACGUGCUGCAGCCCCGGAAACUCCAACGUUGGAUCUAAACCGUACUUAGACACUAUUCCACGCGACCGCGUCGUUGCUUACUCCACGUGCCACUCCACCGCACCCGAUACAGCAACGCGGUGUCGUGGCUCGCCAGUUGGACCAACGCAAUCGGACUGGAUGCAUGGUGCCGAAAUAAACUGGGCUUCGUCUCGCAGUCGAUGCCGACAACGGACAUGCUUUCUAGCGCGACGCGGUGGUGCAUCUCGUCUUCGACGGUCGACACAACAUGGAUAGUCCCGGGAAACACGCCCACGGGAACUUUGUCUUCGUAGUCUACCAUCGACUUGUUGCCAAAACGAUCGAGCGCGGCGCUGUUUGGUCGAAAGAUGGGCUGUGCCAAGUACUCUGGUGUGGACGUGCGCUCGCUCUUCUUGAUCAUGAUCUUUUCCCACCGCCGUAUUUCUCGUGGCGAUGGCUCCCUCGGCCCACCUCGCACUUUGUCUUCGAACGCAGCAAGAUGCGCAUUCAAAUGAGCAAGAGUUUUCUUACCGAAGCUCGAGCUCAAAGACACACCAUCCUCGUCGUACGAAGUCCCUUUUCGGGAGGACCGCCGGCUGGAGAAUCGCCGGACGCCGCGAUGGAGCAUGGGAUCACUUGGUGGUGAUCGUGAUUCGCAUACUUCGAACUACGCUAUUCGAAGUUAAUAUGAUGUUUCAUUGGUG